GGUCCCUAGGUACGGUGGUGCGCUCUCUGCGGCCCCCGAUGGAGCCAACGGAUUACAAACUCUAGUUAAGUGGCGCACCGUCCUCCUCCUUCUCCCCCUCCUCCCCCUCCUCCUCCUCCUCCUCUCUAUCUUUCACCCAGAGUAAACCCAGGCACACGGAGCGCAUCCUCCACCGUGCUCAGCCUGUGGGAAUUAGAAAUCAGCUCUGCAAGGCUGUCAGCAGCAAAAAACCGGCCCGAGCUCCGCAGUGUAAGGGGGACUGAGAAGGGGGGAAAACAUAUAGACAAAGAGAGUGACGGGAGGGAGAUGGCUACGGAGGCGGUUAGUUAUCCGUGAUUGUCAAGUGAACGGCGGCGAAGUUCUUCGGCUCCGCUCGGAUCUUUUCUUCAGGUCGUUGAGUGUGUGAUUGUGUAUUCAGCAUGAGUAACAUCUACGAGUCCGCAGAGGCCACACUGGGCUUCAUCAGCUCUCCAUGCCUGACCAAAGUGGAGCUGAGAGUGGCCUGCCGGGGGAUCUCGGACCGUGAUGCCCUCUCCAAACCUGACCCUUGCGUGGUGCUGAAGAUGCAGUCGCAUGGGCAGUGGUUUGAGGUGGACCGUACAGAGGUGAUCCGCAGCAGUAGCGGCCCAGUCUUCUCCAAGAUCUUCCUGGUGGAUUACUACUUUGAGGAGGUCCAGAGGCUCCGCUUUGAACUUCACGACAUCAGCUCUGGCAACAAUGGCCUCCGUGAUGCUGACUUCCUGGGAGCUAUGGAGUGCACUUUAGGGCAGAUUGUCUCACAGAGGAAACUGACCAAAGCUCUACUCAAACAGGGAAACACUGCUGGAAAGUCUUCCAUAACGGUGACAGCAGAGGAGUUGUCUGGUAACGACGAUUACGUUGAACUCUCCUUCAGCGCUCGUAAGCUAGAUGACAAGGAUUUCUUCAGCAAGUCAGAUCCUUUCCUGGAGAUUUUUAGAACAAACGAUGAUGGGACCGAGUCGCUCGUGCACAGAACCGAGACGGUCAUGAACAACCUGAGCCCAGUUUGGAAAUCCUUCAAAGUUUCCUUGAACACACUGUGCAGUGGAGACCACGACAGGGAGCUAAAGUGCACAGUUUGGGACUGGGACUCCAAUGGGAAACAUGACUUCAUUGGGGAGUUUCAGACCACUUUUAAGGAGAUGAGGGCAGAGCAGGAGGGAAAACAGAUUCAGUGGGAGUGCAUCAACCCUAAAUACCAGAUGAAGAAGAAGAAUUACAGAAACUCUGGUGUUGUCAUGCUCAACCACUGUAAGAUCAUCAAAAUGUAUUCCUUCCUGGAUUACAUCAUGGGAGGCUGCCAAAUUCAGUUCACAGUGGCAAUAGACUUCACAGCAUCCAAUGGGGAUCCCAGAAACAGCUGCUCCCUCCACUACAUCCACCCCUACCAGCCCAAUGAGUACCUCAAAGCACUGGUGGCUGUAGGGGAGAUCUGCCAAGACUAUGACAGUGAUAAGAUGUUCCCAGCGUUUGGCUUUGGAGCACUGAUACCACCUGACUUCAAGGUUUCACACGAUUUUGCUGUGAACUUUGAUGAGGACAAUCCUGAAUGCGCUGGGAUCCAAGGUGUGGUGGAGGCCUACCAGAAUUGCCUCCCUAAGAUCCAGUUGUACGGGCCCACCAACAUCGCCCCAAUCAUCCAGAAAGUGGCCUCGUCCGCCUCUGAGGAGAUGCACACCAAAGAGGCCAUGGAAUACUUCAUCCUGCUGAUCCUGACGGACGGCGUCAUCACCGACAUGGCGGACACGCGGGAGGCCAUCGUGCACGCCUCCCACCUGCCCAUGUCCGUCAUCAUCGUUGGCGUGGGCAACGCCGACUUCACGGACAUGCAGAUACUGGACGGGGAUGACGGGAUCCUGCGUUCGCCCAAGGGAGAACCCGUCCUCCGCGACAUCGUCCAGUUCGUCCCCUUCAAGGACUUCAAACACGCAUCCCCAGCUGCCCUGGCGAAGAGUGUUUUGGCAGAGGUCCCUAACCAGGUGGUGGAUUACUACAACGCUAAAGGCAUCAAACCUAAGUGUAUGUCGGACUAUGAGUCGACAAGGACCUUCAGUCCCUGACAAUGGACUACAUGCACACAUACUCUCAAAUACACAUAUAUAUCAUAUAUAUAUAUAUAUAUACAUUUAUGUACUGUAUAAUACAUCUACACAUGCAAAAGCACAAGCACACAUUCACACACAAACAUGUACACACAACUAUACUACAUACUACAUACUGUAGUCUAGCUCAGAGAAUUAGCUUGUUCUGGUGAAACAAUUUGAACUACUCCAUUGAUGACUAUUGCAUGUUUGGCCACAGUGGCUUCACCUGGGAAAUUAUUACUAUCUACUGUAUAUCUGAAAGACCUUUAUAGAAAUAAGAGCAGUCCUCUGAACCAGCAUGCAGACUCAAACCAUAGCCCACCCAAAUAAAUGACACUCCUACCUUAUUUAGAUAACUAGCAAGUACAUAGACCAAAAGAUCUGUGAGUAGAAAACCCCAAAUAUGUGAUUGCAUAGCCCGAAAUACUUAGAAUUAGCAUUGCAAAUGUUAUUUAUGGGGAAUGGUAGCGUCCCCGUUAGUGUACUGCAUAAAUGCAUGCAUAAUUCAGCUCCUGCUAAUAUCCAAUCUCCAGUACCUGCUUGCUAGUUAUGAAAUAAAGUAUCUCUGUCAUUUGAGUGACAUUCAAGGUUGUCUUGGGUGUUUUGGGUUCUUUUCUACAGAUUUGUUUGAGAUUUUGCUAAAUGGAAAUGAACAACUGAAUAAUUGUAAUAAUUUCUUAAUAACCUUCUUACAUUGUAAAGAGUUUUGGGAGGGUAGAUAAGCUUGUGUGGUAGACACUCAUCUGUGAGCUGAAAACGUUUUUUUUCUGUAUUCUGCAUGUUGAUUAUAAUAAAGACACUUUGGUUUUCUCA